AUGAAUCGAAACAUCCCAAUAGGGAAUAAAAUUUGUGCAACGAAAGAAAUAUUCUAGAACCAAGUAAUUUUAAAUACUCAUUUACUAACUAUGAGACCUUAAAUUAACACUAGUGCACCAAAAUAAUAUGAUUUUCUUAAAAACAAAAAAAUAAAAGAAGCUAUCAAGUCAUAAAAGUAAUAAGAAAUUGAUAGAGAAAAUUAAAAUCUUAUAUCAAAACUUACUAACAUUAUGCAAUAAUAAUCAAGUAUAAUUUAAGUAUUAUUAUUAAGAUAACUCAAUUUGUACUUUGCCUCUUAAGAAAUCUACUACUGUAAGUCUUGGUCCAAAGAAAUCACUUAAUAAAGAAUAUAGAAAAAAAGAAUUAAUAAAGAUAGUGAUGGAGAAUCAAUAACUCUUAAAAAGAAUUUAAGAUUAGAAAUCUCAAUACAAUGUUAAAGAUUGGAAUGAAGAGAGAAGAUGGGUUAAAAAAUAGAUUUCCAAUAUUUGUGAAUAUCCUUAUAAAGAUUUCAAACCAACAAAAACAUUAGUACAAUAUUGGACUAACUCAAGAAUUAGUGAAUCUUAAUUAUAAAGUAUUAAUUCAUAAGUUAUAUUUUUAGAAAGAGAUAAUUUUAACAAUAAGAAAUUAGAUCCUAUAGACAUUAAAAGUCAAUAAACUAAGUAUCAAGUAUAUUAAUCUAUUCAGAUCAAGAGCUAGGCAAGACAAUAAUAAUACAGAGUCAAGAUAAAUCUUAAUCAAUUCAGAAAACUAACAAAGGUAUAAUAUCAUUAAUCAUUUCAUUAUAGAAGUCUCUUUGAAUCUGAUUUUUAACCAUAUGAACCAUAUCAAGAUAAAGUAACCAAGAUAGUUAAUGAGAUUAUUGAAAAACCUAAAUUAUAAGAAUAAGAUUAAGAAUAAGAAUAAAAGAAAGAUAAUUUAGAAAUAAAAGAAGAAUAGAAUAACUCUAUUCCUUAAUAAUAAUAAUUAGAUCACGAAAAUAUAGCAGAAGAUAGUAAAGAAUAAGAACAUAUUUAACAUAAUGAAUAAGCCUAAGAAUUACAAUAGCAAAAUUAAAUUAAUAAUAUAAUGGAGAAUUCAUAAGAGAAUGAAGAAUAAAUAAAUGAAAGUUAAAAUAAAUCUCCAUUAAAUCAUCAAAAUAUUCAAACCAUUGAUUUUGAAUAACAAAAUUAAGAAAUUUUAGACAAAUAAAAUUCUGAAUAAUUUUAAGAAUGA